GUCCACAGCCUCUUCUCUCAGAGACCCAGGAACCCAGCGCUCACCCCCAUGGAGCCCUGUCGGUCCCUGGCCCUGCUGGCCGCCUCCCUGGCCCUGGUCUCUGCCCUGGUUGCUCUGAGCACGGAUUUCUGGUUCAUGGCCAUCGGGCCCAGCUCUUCAGCUCACUCGGGCCUCUGGCCGAAGCGGGGUGGGGAAUCAGUAGCAGACUUCAUCCACGUGACGCAGACCUUCAGCAUUCUGGCCGCCCUGUGUGGCCUGGGGUCUGUGGGCCUCCUGGUCCUGUCCUGCAUCCCCUCACUGUCCGCCCCGGGCCGGGGCCCCCUGGUCUCGUCCAUCACAGCCUUUGUUGCAGCCGUCUUCAUGGUGGUGGCCAUGGCCGUCUACACCGGUCAUCGGUGGAGCCAACCUCGACACCCCCAGAUCCAGUCCUGCUUCUCCUGGUCCUUCUACCUGGGCUGGGUUUCGGCUCUCCUCUGGUUCAGUGCAGGUAGCCUGAGUCUGGUCGCUCACUUCCGUGCCCCUCCAUCUGGCUACGAAGAAUUGUGAGCCCAACAUGUGAGCCGAAGGUGAGGACAGCAGGUGGGUUGGAAAGCAUCAUCCAAGCAUCAUCCGGAGCCAUGGGAUCACCUGGCCCUCCCUCGGCCCUCACCCCCAGCCCUUCCAUAGCCCCAUUGUUUGUUUAUUCAUUCUUUCAACAAUGAUUUGCUGCAGUCUGGUUAUUUUGAGAUUAAUUCAACCACGACACAAGCCGAUGGCACGCUAGCUCCCCGUUGGGCGACACUGGGCACCCAGAAA